UUCUAAAUAUGGGAUACAUAAUGGAUAUUUUUUUAUUCGAAAUAUGUACAUACAUGUUGUUAUACUGAUGACUUGUUUAAUGUCUAGGACGAGAAGAGUUGGGGAGGCUAUUGAAUGUAGAUUAAUUAGAUGCGCCUAAUAUCAAUUUUGCUGCAUAAACGUGAUGUCGAAGCGAAUUCGGCGCUGGCCCUUUAAGGCCAGCUGAGUGCAAACUUGUGGCUGCAGAAGUUUCACAAUUUCAGCGAGGGACACCGCCCUUGUACCUUCGGACGAGGUACCUGACAGCAAACUCCGAAAACGAGCUUUCUCUUUUCCGCAGGCAGCAGCCCAGCCAGCGUCCAUGGCGGCCUUCAUCUCGGUGCCCCUGAAGAAGUCGUCCGAGGUUGAUCUAGUGAAGCCCUUGUCCAAGUACAUCGCACACACGUACGCGCCGGGCGAGGAGCGGACGCAGCACCUCCGAGCCGUGGAGGAGUUGGACGGGCUCCGGAGCAGCGCAGUCUGCCGGCAGCUGGACAAGCGGGAGGGCUCGCUGGAAGUGCUCCACAGGUACUACGAUCAGCUGUGCGCCAUUGAGCCAAAGUUUCCUUUCUCUGAAAACCAGCUCUGCCUGACAUUUGCUUGGAAAGAUGCCUUUGAUAAAGGGUCGUUAUUUAGCAGCUCUGCUAAGCUGGCCUUGCCCAGCCUGGGCUAUGAGAAGACUUGUGUGAUGUUCAACAUUGGGGCGCUGGCUAGUCAGAUCGCCACCGAGCAGCGCCUGGACUCUGACGAAGGCCUGAAGACUGCCGCCAAGUUCUACCAGCUGGCCGCCGGUGCUUUCGCCCACAUCAAGGACACUGUUCUGUCCUCGCUGAACUGCGAGCCCACAGUGGACAUUUCCCCGGACAGUGCCAGUGCGCUCAGCCAGAUCAUGUUGGCCCAGGCACAGGAGGUCUUCGUCCUCAAGGCCACCUUAGAUAAGAUGAAAGACGCCAUCAUUGCCAAGCUGGCCACUCAGGCUGCGGACUUCUAUGCAGAUGCCUCCAAGCAUUCCCAGUACAAAGACGGUCUGAUGAAGUAUUUCUACUUCCAGGAAGUUCUACCGGUGCUAGCGGCCAAACAGUACGUAAUGCAGGCCACGGCUCAGUACCGGCAGGCCUCGGUAGCCAAACAGCAAAAGAAGUUUGGGGAGGAGAUUGCCAGGCUGCAACAUGCAACAGAGCUGCUGAAAACAGUCGCGUCUCGCUAUGACGAGUAUGUCAACGUGCGGGAGCUGUCAGACAAGACUGCCCGUGCCCUCACUCCAGCCAAGAAGGACAACGACUUCAUCUAUCACGAACGAGUGCCUGAGGUUCGGGACCUGGAACGUAUCGGAAAGGCCGCCAUGGUGAAGCCCUCCGCCGUCCAGGUGCCUCUUAGUCAGAAGUUCAGUGACCUGUUUGAGAAGAUGGUGCCAAUGGAGGUGCAGCAGGCCCUGGCGGCUUCUAACCAGAGGAGGGCUGCUCUGGUCAACCAGGUGGUGGGCACCAUGCGGGAGUCUACGGGCCUGCUCAACGGAAUCCUGGCCUCCCUCAACCUCCCCGCUGCCCUGGAGGACUUGUCAGGGAAUUCCGUGCCCCAGUCCAUCCUGGAGAAGUCCGGUGCCGUCAUCCAGCGGGGGGGGAUACAGAGCAUCGAGAAGCUCAUCAAGGACGUGCCCGAGCUGGUGCAGAGGAACCGAGAAAUUUUGGACGAGUCACUGAAAAUGCUGGAUAACGAAGAAACGACGGACAAUGAGCUCAGAGCCAAGUUUGGCCAGAGAUGGCAACGGUUGCCCUCAAGUGACCUUUACAAGUCUCUUAGAACAGAGGGGGCAAAUUUCCGUGGUGCCCUGGACAAGGCGGUGGAUGCGGACCGGGUCGUACGAGAUCGAUAUAAUGCCCACUGCGAGGCUAUCGCCCUGCUCUGCAAGCCAGAGGCAGAGCUCACUGCUUCCAUACCCUCUGCCAACCCGGUUCAUAGCCUGCAGGGAAGUGAGGUUGUUGGAGUCCUUCGGACACAGCUGGCCCAGUUAGAUCAGGUGAAGACGGAACGUCAGCAGCUGGAGAAUGAUAUCAAGUCUGUGCACUUCGACAUGACCAGCAAGUUCCUCGGCGCCCUGGCCCGAGAUGGCACCAUCGACGAGGAGCCCCUGUCCGUCACCGAGCUGGACAAUGCUUAUGGCAGCUACACCCAUAAAAUGCAGCAGGGCCUGAAGACCCAGGAGGAGGUGCUGGCCAAAGUGCAGGUGUCCCACCAGGAGUUCUCUGCCUUGAAGCAGUCCAACCAGCAGGCCCAGCAGAGGGAAGAGGUCCUGAAGAAGCUGGCCUCAGCCCAUGACACCUACAUGGAGAUCUCCAACAAUCUUCAGGAGGGUACCAAGUUCUACAACGGUUUAACCGAGAUGCUGGUGAAGUUCCAGAACAAGUGCAGCGACAUUGUGUUUGCACGCAAAACAGAGCGCGACGAGCACCUUAAGGACCUCCAGCAGAGCAUCGCCCACGAGUCCAGUGCUCCUGCCCUCUCUAGCAUUUCAACACCUCAGUCUACCUCCAGCACAGCAGCAUCCACCAUGUCCGCUACCCCCACCCCAGCUCCCCGGACCAUGUUCGCCAAAGCACAACCUCCAGCACGUCCUCCACCUCCAAGUUUCUCCAAAGCACCCAUCACUGUGACAACCACCUCUGCAGAGUCCACCUCCGUCCCUGCCGUCCCCACAUUCCCUGCCGUCCCCACAUUCCCUGCCGUCCCCACAUUCCCUGCCGUCCCUGCUGUCCCUACCCCCACCGGUACCUCCAGUGCCACCCUACCAGCAGCGAGCACCACGCCAGCCCUGGCCCAGGCUCAGGGGCCUCCUUACCCCACAUACCAGGGUUUCCCUGGGUUCUACCCAAUGCCCAUGUCCUACAAUCCCUACAGCUUUGGGCAGUUCACCAUGCCCUACAUGCCCUUCCAGGCGGUGGGUCAGCAGGGCUUCCCCGGCUCUGCUACCCCCUCACAGCAGCAGCAGCAACCGCAAGGCAACACCCAGCCGCAACAACCUCACUACCCUUAGGGGGCGCCAUAAUCUCAGCUUCAAGCGUUCUUAGAUCACUCUUCACUUCUGGUCCUGGGAGGAGCUUAGUCCUGCAGAUUCCCCAGCCCUGACUGAGACUGGAGAGCUGGAGCUUAAAUGGUUUGUGAUGAAAACGUGGAUAGAAUCAAGCAGUUCAUUGCUGGCAGGAGUUAAAGAUCUUCUCAGUUUAUGCUUCCCAGGACCAGAACUGAAUGUCCCUCCUCUAAGUGCCCCCCCCCCCCCCACUCCUCUCCUGACGAUUUUGAAUGUUCUAGUUGACACUGCACGCCCCAAAUAAAGGACUACAUCUAGUACAUAUGGAUUAUCUACAUGCCUGAUGACAGGCUGUGCCUCAGCGGCCGCCCGAUCCCUCUCGCUCUCUCUAUAUGUAACGAUGGUUAUAAACACUCAUGCCUGCUGUUAAAAAUACUGAAGAUGUUCUGUGCAUAUAAACUUUAGGGCAUCAGACCCUACACACAGCAAUACUGCUGUCCUGCACUGAGCUACAGUACUAUAUAGACUGGAUAUAUAUUUACAGUAAAUGUUUUGGGGAUACAGCUGUGGAAAUAUAAGAAGUAAAUUAUAUAUAUACAUGUAUGUAAAACAGGGAAACUGUUUAAAUAUAUUAUGUUUAUUCCUCCAUUUUCUGUUACACUCAAUGACAACGCUUCGUGGAAUGUUGCAAGAAUGUUGUAUCAUUACUUUUACUUGUACUCAAGCAAUCAUAAUGUGAGCUUUUUGCUUCUGGGUCAGUGUUAGUAGCUUAAGCCGGGUGUUCGUUAUUAAUUGAGGAGGAGAGUGUGAAAUAGGUUCACAUUUUGACCUGCAUAAUUAGGCUUAACUCGGGUCCUGGCGAUUCACGGUGGGGAAUUCGGCGUUCCUGAGGUGUGGCUUUGCCACGCGUGUCUCGAUAGCACGGAAUCGCGAAUGUGACUUCAGAGUUCCGUGAGCUCCCAGCACUUCUCAACCGUGUUACAGCCACUCUUAUAACAUGCUAAUUAAGCACAUAGCCUGUGGUGGUGGCUGAGUAAGAUAUCAUGUUUGCUGAAAGGUGCUGCGAGCAUGUUGGUCCCUGAAGGAAGCGUGUCUUUCUGCACUGCUGCGUUCCUGUCUGAGGAAUGGGCCUGUUCUGUAUUCUGAAAGCAAGCAGCGGAACAGCACGACGGGCAAAAGCGGAUCAGGUGUGCGCAGUCUUACAGCCUUAGAUCCGGAAACAACUGGGGGGUGUUCCUCGCGUAUGCCCACAGAGCCCGCAAUGCCCACGCUUGUGCAUGAAACCUGAAAGUGCGAAAACUAGAGGCUAAACAAGCUCCCCUCGCUGACAAUGAGGCAGGUAGCGGUUUCGGGUCUUUGGCUCUCUGUCAGUGUAGAUUUGCCCUGGUUUGAUUCGCUCUGUCUGGUCUGUUAAGGAAGAUGAUCUAUUGAAUCCUCCGAGAAUUAUUAAAAUGAUUGCACAAAGGAACCAAAGGUUUCCGAUGUGUAUUAUCUGCGGCGUUAAGAUAUCAGUGCCAAGAUCUGCCCUGAUAAUUACAGACUAUGGAAGAAAAAGACUUUUCUAGGAACAAUCAUUUCUACUAUUUCAGAAACUAAAGCAGUGUUAUAAUUUCACGACGCACCAACUCACACCGGGAAAAUAUUUACUCAGGUUUUGAGGGUUUCACUGUUCUGUGUUUGGGUGAUCUUUUUAUUAAGUUUAUAUAAUUUUAUUCUGUCUGUUCCCAUAUUAAAUGUCAUUAAAGGUCGCCACCUCUCCAUGUGCAGACAGGCAGAGAGUUUAAGGGUAAAUAUUUUCCGGCUGAAAGUGAAGCCAAAAAUGUCAAGGAUCUGUCACUUUUACAGAGUGAUUCUGCACAGAGCUGUCUUGCGUUGUUAAUCCCGCUGCCAUUCGUAUAAAUAAAUAUGCUCUCCAUGAGGAGGCGCGACUGUACUUUGGCAGUUUAUUCGAAGUGAGGAUGAACUGAGCGAAAGGAAUAAAAGGAGCCGCAGUGAUGAUGGACGUCGAGGUCAUUGUAGCCACACUGCGAAGUGGCACUACAGUCAUAUUGUUUCUUGCUCUGGCUGCAAAAUCUUUGAAGAAAUGCUUUCGGGUCCUCGUCGUGUGGGGAAAAAAAGACAAUGGCUAAGCGUAUCACGCCGCUGUGAGAUCUUGUUUCGUCUCGGCCAAAUGCAAAGCGAAUGGUGGGGUUGGCGAACCACGUCACAGAGCCGGGGAAGCAGGCCGGAAGCACUUCGGACUUACUCGUGAUAAUGAGGAACCCGUGGGGAAUUUUAACGGCAGUGAGAGUCGGGUUAUUACAAUAUAUUUGAUUAUGCUGAUGUGCUGAGAUACGAUUACCAACCUAGAUAACGGCAGUCUCCCAAUGGGCACCCUGCCUCCUUCAGAAUGUGGCAAUGGGCAAGGUACUUCCUUGAUUUAGCUGUGGCAGGGAUGCAUCUUUCAGAUCAGGGGGCUAAAGGUGUCCUCCCUCACAGCUCCUGUAUUAGGAAGUCAAAAUUAAUACAUAAAUUACAUAUGCUUUGUUUUUGAGUGUCUCUGUUAGCAAAUAAGGCUUUAUUUUCAGUCUCCAUGGUAGCAACUAUUAUUAUCUCCUGUUUUAUUCAUCCCCCCUGUUCUCCCCAACAUCGUUAAGCAGUUCAGAAUCUAUGACCUGACUAUGUAUUGAGGAAAGGCUUGUACCCAGUUCUGUCACGAUCUGUUCAUUAUGUUGUUAGUUUAGGCUGUGGUCAGUGCUGCUCAUUGGCAGAUGAUGGGUUAACCCCGUCAGUUCGGGGUCCUCCUUUGGUUUGCUGUCUUCAUGAAUCAGUGCGUUUCUCACACUCUGCAGGGAAUACGCAUCUGGGUAAACCACAAAGACCUCCUACUUGCGCCUGGUCUUAUUUGAUCAUCGUAUUCUUUUCUCCCUCCCAAAAGAUACGUCACCCCGAGGCAACAUUUUUACCAAAUUAUACUGCUGGAUAUUAAUUCUCUCCAUUCAGUUGUCAGGUAUUUUUCGGGAGUUCAAUAGAAGACCUUAUCUUGGAAUUUCAACCCGCAGGCAUCAGGAAAGGUCUUGCAUUAACAUAGAUUGGGCAGCAUAGUAGUUCUCACCUCCAGAGUUAGGGGCUUGAGUUUUGAGUCCCACCUCUGUUCUGUGUUUGGUGUUUCCAUCUAAGGCACUUUGCAUCUGUAAAUUGCCUGUAGUCCGUAAAUGUGUGCAUGUGCCGCAAUGGGCUGAAGGUCACAGCUUCAAGUCCGGCCUCAGCAUGUCUGUGGGUCUGUGGGCCCUUGAGCGAGGCCUUUGAUGUCCAGCUCCCUGAGCGCUGCAACAGGUGGCUGCCCUUCACAGCCAAGCUUGUUCUCAUGGCAAGCAAAAUGGGGGGGGGGAGUAAAAAGAGGAUUUCCCUACAAGGAUCGACAAUAAUUAAUAUUAUUAUUCUUAAUGCAUGAAUUGAUUGACAUAGAUCGCCAGAUUCUUUUCUUUUCAAUAUUUGACACUGUUAUUUAUAUAUAUAUAUAUAUAUAAAAAAAAAUCAUGUACAUGUUAUUAUUGUCAUUAGCAUUGUUAUCAUUACUAUAAACCCUUAGGCUAAGAGAGGAUUGCAUGUCAGAGGUAAUUUUGAUCCUAUCAGUCAGGCCUAAUGUGCACUGUCACCGAAGCCUGACUCCUGCUAAUAUUUCCGAAAUUCUAUUGGCAAAGAUUGGGUUAUGUUUUAGACAUGGUAAUUAGGCCAUCUGUUUGUCUGCGAACACGAAAAUAACAAAUGAAAUCCGCCAAAGCAAGAAGCAGCGAUCCCACUGACGGAGGAGCAGGGACUGACGCCAGCGAGUCGGGAACACGGCAGUAAGGUGGCAGCUGAAAAAGCAGGGAGAGGCCCGGUGCAAUGUAUGGUGGUGGGGGCUAAAGGGCUGACACCCUCCAGCCCCCCAGCCCCCCAGCACCAACAUAGAAAAAGUCGUCUGCACCACGCAGACCGGCAAGGGCGUGAGUGCUCGCGACCUCCCCGCACGCACCUCUCCAGGCUGUCCACUUAGCGCGCCGGACGAGCUCCUUCUCCGCCACUGAGUGAAGACAUCAAUCUGACUUCCUGCACUCAGCCUCGGCGUUAGAGAACUCGAUUACCUCCCAGAUGGCAUCCUGGGAGAUGCGGCAGCCCGGGCGGUCGCCGUGAGCGAUGACAACAGCGCCGGUGAUGAUGGAUUGGCACCAAACUGCUAAUGUGAUCAAAACAAAUACUCCCUACUGCUUCCAUUCAUUUACCAGCCGUGUAUUUGGUGAAAAUAAAAAAAGGCAGGUUAAUUAAAUAGCCUUUAAUUCA